AGAUUCAAACAGCAGAGUGAAAAGGCAGCUGAACCAAGAAAAGGAAAAGUAAAGGAAAGAAGGAACUGAGUAGAAGAAUUCAGUACUAUAAAAAGCUCUUUUACUUUUCCAUUCAGACUUCAAAAAUGAUGAUCAGCAGAGUCCUUGUCACCUCUAUUGUGGUGCUCCUGGCCUUCCUGGCCGUCAGUGAAGGGAUGAGUCUGAGAAGCCUGGGAGUGGAGCUGCACUGCCGCUGCAUCCAGACAGAGAGCAAACCCAUCGGCCGCCACAUCGAGAAGGUGGAAUUGAUUCCUGCCAACUCUCAUUGCGACGAGACUGAGAUCAUUGCCACUCUGAAAAAGACAGGCCAAGAAGUUUGCCUGGACCCUGAAGCUCCCUGGGUGAAGAAAGUGAUUAAUAAGAUCAUGUCCAACAGAAGACGCUGAACAGACCAGGACAGAUGUGCUUCAUGAGUCUGAGCCUUUUAAAGACAAAUGAAAAGUCGCAGAAAGUAUUUGUUGUCAUCACACUCAUCUCAUUUUAAUACCAGAAGAUUGCCUAAUGUCCUGAUUUUCAAAAUGUUGAAAAUGGCAAUUUACCCAUUAAGGUUAUAUUUGUAUCAAACACGUUAUUUAUUAAGAAGUAUGUGCUUAUUUGUAAUGUCACUUGUGUGUGUGUUGUAGCCAAUUACUUUCUGAUGUCACUGCUCUUGUAGUUUGUAAAACUGCAUACUGUUAUCUUGUCUAACACUUAUGAGUUCAACAUAUUUAUUGAUGUAUUUAUGGAAUGUAAAUGUAUCUGGAUUCAGUUGUGUAGCUGUGCUGACAACCUAUUUAUUAAUUAAAAAAGUUUACUUGAAAUUGAAAA